AUGGCAGAAGGAUCAACAAACGAACGAGCUAUCGUAUACGCUACACUUAUCCUCGCCGACGACGGUGUAGACAUUACGGCAGAGAAACUACAGACUCUAACAAAGGCCGCAGGCGUAGACGUAGAACCUGUAUGGGCUUCUCUCUUUGCAAAAGCACUCGAAGGCAAGAAUAUAAACGAUUUAUUGUUUAAUAUUGGAGCAGGUCUCUUUGAUGAUUAA